AUGUUUUGUUUCUUCCAAAACCGCUGGGAGUCGGGUCUUGGUGCCCAUCUAACCGAGGAACUCAUUAGUAGCGCAUUCAGCGAUUUUGCGCCUUACGCGGGGGCGGAGCAGCAACAGACACGUUUCGUCCGCCGCCAAAGCGAUGGGACAACCACCAGAGUUGCUUAUGGGGAAGAUGGGGGGUGGUCGGUAAGCAUGGGAAAUCCUUACGCUGGCGGCAUAUCUUUUGCAACGACACCAGAUUUACUCUGUGAUAUGCAACUGCGCAUACCACUGAAGUUGGCUAGGGAUGUUGUGGAGCAGAAUAGCGAAAGGGGGAUCAUUGGCAGUGCCGACAACUGUGAGGUGCUUCCAGUUUCCAGAAUCUCCCUAACACCCAUAACGACACCCUACGAUAGUCGAAGUCCUUUUCAGUAUUCUGUGCCCCCUCCACUUGGUCCCACGGGUUGCUUUGGCAUGGUGGAACUUUUGUACUCCUACGUGACACAUGUGUAUGGCGCUGGUUUACGGGUUGGACCGUUGUCCCUUCGAGCGACGGCUUCCCCGGGAGGCAUGCCCUCAAUAGACAAUUCGUAUGUGAGUGCUUUGGGCCAAACUGCCUGUCUCGUUGACGGUUCGUGGUGCGCUCCGUUGAGUGCCUUUCCGUCGUGUAACCUUACAGUGGCGCUGCAGCACCCCUUUAUGGCCGUUGAGGGUGAUACGCUUGCAGCAAUUUGUUUGGAGAGUUCGGCGCCAAAAACACCAGAGGGACAAGGGUGCAAUAAUUUUCGUCUUCUUGUUGUGCAGACGCUUGCAACAAGUAAUAGGCAAAACAAGCAGAAUCCCAGUGAUUCUCACUCGCAUAGCUUCAGUUCGGUUCUCAGGGGCGACAAAAACUGGCGUGAGCUAGGCACACUCGUUGCUGUACAGAAAUCAUUUCGCAACCAACGCUUUCGACUCAGUGCUGCUGCUAUGAUACACGACCGUGAAUUAGACUAUGAAACCGCAGCUUUGGCGGAUGUAACAGCCAUAUUUUCUAGACCAACGGUACUGCGGUUGGGUUUCAACAGAGCCCGCCGUGUUGCCAUGGGUAUAGCGACAGAAAUACUUAAUGGACUUACCCUUACAUUGGGUGUCCAUUACACAGCGGGGGACUUGCGGUUUGGACUUGAAGCCGCCCUUUAG